AUGAACCCUUCCAAUCCACCCCAAACCGCCGAAUAUGGUGGAGAUGAAGUCUCGGCCAUUGUCCUCGAUCCGGGCUAUUCGACCACUCGCGCUGGGUUCGCUGGAGAAGACGCCCCGAAGUCUCUAAUCCCAUCAUACUACGGCAAAUACAACGCCGAUGGCCAGGAGAAAUUGGUAUUUGGAGAUGAUGUAUUCGUCACACCGCGCCCGGGCCUGUCAAUUUAUAAUCCGAUCGGCAAGGAUGGAAUCGUGGAAGAUUGGGAUAUGGCAGAAAAGGUGUGGGAAUACUCAUUCACUUCACGACUUACGGGCGCGAAGCCUGGUAAUCCAUUUCACAACGGAUUGAACGACAUUCCCAGCGAGGAGCUUCCCACGGAGAUGGAGGUGGAAACGGAAGAGAAGCCCUUGGCCGACAGUCCAUUGUUGAUGACAGAGCCCGGAUGGAACCCGGCCAAAGCACGCGAAAAGACCAUUGAAAUCGCGAUGGAGAAAUGGGGUACCCCAGCUUUCUAUCUGGCCCGGAGUGGCGUGCUUGCAGCUUUUGCUUCUGGUAAAGCUUCCGCUCUCGUUAUCGACAUUGGUGCCUCGAACAUUUCCAUCACACCGGUUCAUGACGGUAUGAUCUUGAAGCGAGGUGUCCAGCAUUCUCCGCUUGGUGGAGAUUACAUCUCCUCGCAAAUCCGCGCAUUAUUCAAGAAGAACUCCCCGCAGCCAAUUACUAUCACCCCUCAUUAUCUGAUUAGCUCCAAGACUGCCGUUGAAGCUGGCCAGGAGCCACAAGCCAAGUACAAGACUUUCCCCGUCGCCAAGGCUCCAGACGCAUCCUACCGGGCCCUCUUGGAAGAGCGAACUCUUUCUGAAUUCAAGGAAUGUGUCGUUCAGGUCUGGCCUGGUCCUAAUAAGCUCUCCGCCGCUGGUCCCAAUGGUGUACCAAAUGAGGAAUCUGCCCGGUCAUCACCUGGCCGCCCAUUCGAGUUCCCCGAUGGAUACAACCAGAUGUUCGGCGUGGACCGCUUCCGCGUGGUUGAAUCCUUGUUUGAUGCCAAAGCUGCUAUUCCUGACCCAGAGUCCAUUUUCCCCGCUCCUACACCUGCUCAGACGCUGCCCGAGCUGAUCAAAGCGUCAUUGGGUGGUGUAGAUGUUGAUAUUCGCCCCCAUCUACUGGGCAAUGUUGUUGUAACAGGUGCCUCCAGUCUUCUUCACGGCUUCACAGAUCGUCUCAGCCAAGAAUUGAUGGCGCAGUUCCCUGGACCUCGUGUGCGUGUCUCGGCCCCAGGUAAUACAGCUGAACGCCGGUUUGGCUCCUGGAUCGGAGGAAGUAUCUUGGCCAGUUUGGGUACUUUCCACCAGAUGUGGAUCUCCAAGAAGGAAUACGAUGAGCACGGUGCGAACAUCGUGGAGAAGCGCUGCAAAUAA